AUGAUAAAGAAAUGGGUUCCUACCAUUGAUAGAGAAAUCGUUGGCUCAUUUCCAAAAUCCGAUUGUCAUUCAAACGUUUCAGACAAAGCAACAUCUCAAACGCUUUCGUUGGCUCCAAUUUCAAACAUGUUCCUCAGUUGCAUUUGGUUUCUUGAGUUGCUUCUUCUUUCUCUUCUCUUUAACGUUAAUUCGGCACAAACCAUCGUGAAGAGUUUACCAGGUUACCCCGGAGAACUACCAUUCAAGCUUGAGACUGGAUAUGUGAGCGUGGGCAAAAAUGAUACCGUGCAGCUAUUCUACUACUUCAUUGAGUCUGAGAGAGAUGCCGUCAGGGAUCCUCUUGUGCUUUGGCUCACUGGUGGCAUUGGUUGCUCUGCUUUCUCUGGUCUUGUUUAUGAAAUAGGUCCUUUGAAUUUUGAUGCCGAAUCUUACAAUGGAAGCUUACCUUCAUUUAUUCUGAAUCCUUAUUCGUGGACAAAGAUAGCCAACAUUAUCCUUUUAGACUUGCCUGUUGGCACCGGAUUCUCCUAUGCAACUACUUCUCAAGGUUACCUCUCCUCAGACACUAAAUCAACAAAUGACGCUUACAUGUUUCUGCAAAAGUGGCUGUUAAAUCAUCCCAAAUUUAUCAACAAUCGCCUUUACAUUGCCGGUGACUCCUAUGGAGGGAAAAUUGCUCCCAUGGUCGUUUUAGAAAUAACAAAAGGUAAUGAGGCUGGAUUGACGCCACAUAUGUCAAUCGAGGGAUACUUGAUUGGCAACCCUGCAAUGAAUGUUCCGAAGGAUGAGAAUUGGAGAGUCCCAUAUGCUCAUCGUCUGGCGCUCAUAUCAGAUGAGUAUUACGAGCGGGCAAAAAGUAGCUGUGAUGGGGAAUACAUGAAUCCAAACCCGAACAAUGCAGAAUGCCAGUUUGCUCUUCAGCUUAUUAAACAGUGUACCAGCAAUAUAUGCCUUUCUCAUAUUUUGGAACCAAUAUGCAAAUUUAGAGCACCAAAACUAGAUGGACUCAAAUGGGAUCUAACAUAUUUUGAAGAAGAUCCAAAUGACAUUCUCCUCCCCUCAUCCGAUCAAGAAAAUCCAAAGUGUCGCUUUACUGAUUAUGUGCUGUCCUAUGUAUGGAUGAACAACCCAGGUGUCCGAGAAGCUCUUCAAAUUCGAAAAGGCACAAAGGAAAAAUGGAAAAGGUGCAAUGGGAGCUUACCAAUAUCAUAUGACCAAGAUGUGACAAGUGUAUUUGACCAUCAUCAGGUUCUUAGCACAAAAGGAUAUCAAGCUCUGGUGUACAGUGGUGAUCAUGAUAUGAUGAUUCCCUACAUUGGCACACUCCAAUGGAUACGUGAUCUGAAUCUUACUCUUGAGGAGGAUUGGCGACCUUGGUUUCUCAAUGGUCAAAUUGCAGGGUACACAUUGAAGUACCAGUUCCAGGAAGAUCAGUGCUAUCUCACGUUUGCAACUGUCAAGGGUGGAGGUCACACCGCUCCAGAAUACAAGCCAAAAGAAUGUUUUGCCAUGAUCGACCGGUGGUUCUCUUAUUAUCCUUUGUAG